AUGUUGAAACUCAAGAUCCAACGAAGAAGGAGAGACCUUGACAAGAAAGAAGAAAUCAACACGAGAGAACGAUAUGACUUAGAAAUCAUGCAAACCAAGGCACAGCAGCAAAAGAAAGAAUUGGCAAAGAUUUUGGAAGAAAUACAAAAAAGUCAAACAAAGCAGGCAAGAGGAGAUGUACAAAAAAGUAUGGAUGAACCUGAACAGGCCAAAGAGAGGAAGAGCAGGGAGGUCAAUAAACUUUUACUUGACCAAAGCGAGCCUGAAUUGAAUCAACAAAAACAAAUUCCAGAGAAAAAUGUGAAGGAACUUUUGGAGGAAAGAAGUAAACUUGGCAUGAUAAGGAUUGAACUUGAAAAAAGUGAAAUAAACAAAAUGGAAAACAACAGAAUGGACAUAAAACAGAAGAAAGAAGAGCUCGAUCGGUUGGCAAAAGACAUCGAAAAGAACAGGCUCUCGUAUGAAAAUAUGAGAAAUGAGCUAGAAGUAAUGCAAGCAAAAAUGAAUGCUGAGCAAAAAGUCUUCAACCUUGAAAAGCAAGAGAUACAGAAUGAGAGAAAAUGUCUCGAGCAUCUAAAAGCAUCUAUGCAGAGAGAAAAGCAAGACAUGAAGAAUGCCAUGAUGGAAUUGGAACAUCUGGACGAAAUUAAGGCAAGAUUGGCAUAUGAAAGAGAACAAUGUAGGAUCAUUGCAGAAGACACAAACCAACAGAGGGCUGCCUUGGAGAAGAUGGCUGCUGAAGUAGUUAAACAAAAGCAACAGAUCAAGAUUAACAACGAUCUUUUUAAAAAAGAAAAAAACAAACUAGACAGCAAGUGGUUGGAUUUGCAAAGGAGAGAUGAGGAACUGCAAAAACGAAUCACAAGUCAAAAAGAAAAAGAUGCGCUUGACCAAUUAGCAUUAGAGAAACAGAGAAACGCAUUGGAAAAAGAAAUUUGCGAGAUCAACCAGCAAAAAGAAGUGGUGGAAAAAGAAAGGAGAGAUGUACAGAAGGAUCGUGAAGAACUCGACACUCUUAAAGAGCAAAUGCUAAAAGAGAGGGAUGAAAUAAAAAAUAUUAAAAAAGGGAUGAUAUCUGACAGACGGCUACUGGGUCAAAUGAAGACAGAAAUUGAAGAGCAAAAGAGCAUCGGGGAAGACAAUUCGAAAGAAAUGAUUGAAGAGAGAAGUAAUCUAGAUAGAAUAAAAUCAGAAUCUGAAAUACAGCGAAAAGAAUUGGACAUGGUUCUCGAAAAGAUGAAGCAAGAGCGACAGGAACUUGAUCAGCUGAAAGAUUACUUGCAUAUUGAAAAAAAUGAUAUUGAACAGAGCAAAUCGCUAAACAACAAUGUGAGAAAUGAGCUAGAACAAAUAAAGACAAAACUGAAUGCUGAACAAGAAGCUGUCAGCCUUGAAAAACAAAAGAUAGAGAACGAAAGAAAAAGGUUUCAGUUAGCGGAGGCAUCUAUGCAAAGAGAAAUCGAGGACAUGAAGAAUGCUUUGGAAAGAGCCAGGAUAGACAUGCAAGAACAAAAAAGUGAGGUUGAAGAAAAGAUGUGUCAAAUCAAGGAGGAAAUUCAAAGACAUAGAAAUGAACUAGAGGAAAAGAUGCGGAGGAUAAAGCGGGAAACGGGAGAAAUGGAACUUGUGAAAAAAGAGCUGGAAAGGAAGCGAAAAGAUCUCGAGCAAAGGAUGAAGCAGGUAACAAGGAAAAAAGAUGAGCUCGAAAAAACAAUGGUGGAACUUCAGAAAGAAAAAGAAGAAGUGGAAUGCAAAAGGGUAGAAGUUGAAAGAAUCCGAUAUGGAAUAGAAUGUGUUGAAGAUGAAAUACAAGGCUCGAGAGAAGAAUUUGAGAACAGCUUUGAUGACGUCACUUCAGAGACGGAAGAAAAAGGAGAGAUAAGUUCUGAGAUUAUCAACCUUAUCACCCUGAUUGAAAGAACUAGAAAAAUUGUACAGGAAACCAAAAUUCCCUUUCAAAUUAGAAUGUCAGAAGGCCAACUAAUUGCUAUUGAGGAUAAAAACAUGAAUGCAGAAAUGGAGAAACUUGUUAUAGAAAUUGAACUUAUUAGAGAGAUGUUGCAACGACUUAAAUUAGAACUGGAGCAAAGCAAAGAAGUCCUUAGAAGAGAAAAAAGAGAUAAAAAUGGUCAAAAUGGAGAUGAAACGAAGACAAAGACACCUUGAAAACAAAGCAGAAAUGAACACGAAAGAACGAUUUGGUUUAGAAGUGAUGAGAGCACAAAUACAGCAACAACAAACAGAACUAGAGACAACGUUGGAGGAAAUACGCAAAAAUAAAGCAAAGCAGACAAGACAAAAUAUGCAACAAUCGUUGGAUGAAACAGAGCGAGCCACUGAGGGAAAAAGCAGAGCCAUUUAUAAAAUGCAACUUCAAGAAACAGAGACUGAACUGGAUCAUAAAAGAGAAAUAACUAAGAAAAGAUUUAAACCUGAUGAGAAGAAAAUUAAACUGGAGACUGAAAUAAAUCAAAUGGCAAUGCUGACAAGCAAUACAAACAUGGAGAUAAAAGACAUAAGGUUCAUAAAUGACAAUUUGAAAAAUGAACUAGAAAAAAUGAAGGAAAAACUGAAAACUGAAAAUGACCUUAUCAGUCUUGAAAAACAAAAGAUACAGACUGAGAGAAAAAG